AUGGCUGCAAGAUGCUCAAACACCGCGGGUGCCACGGAUAUGCACCAGCAGCUUGACGCGGUGCAGCAGCCCCCCGCCGCUGCGGUCACCACCUGCGCAUCCUCCUCGCCAUCGCCAUCGCCGCCGCCGCGCACCGAAUUUGUGGCACUGCGGUUGCGCUGGCUGAAGCACCGCGCCAUCUGCAGCCCCACCCUGGCGCACAGGGAGCCCGCGGCCUGGGCGGAAGUCCAGGGGGUGCUGCUGGCCGCCGACGCCGACUUCCGCGCGACGGGGGACCCCGCCAGCGCCGCGCUCGUGGACGAGAUCGUCUCGAGGGCCGCGACAAACGAGUAUGCAGAGUGCGGCUUCAGGGAGGGCGAGCCGCUGCCCCGCGUGCCGACCGGCAGGGCUCUGCAGAAGUGCUGGGACCACUACCACCCCGCGCUGGCCCGCGCCGCGGGGGCGCUGGCGGGGGUGCGGGUGUCAUCCGGCAUGAUGGGGGAGCUGUGCCACAAGAGCCGCCAGGCGGAGUGGUGA